AUGGCGGCGCCGGCGGACCCGGCGCAGGCGUCUGUGACCUUCGAGGACGUGGCCGUGACCUUCUCCCAGGAGGAGUGGGGGCAGCUGGACGUGGCCCAGAGGACCCUGUACCAGGAGGUGAUGCUGGAGACCUGCACGCUCCUGGCGUCUCUGGGGUGCCCCGUGCCCAGACCCUCGCUGGCCUGCCCGCAGGAGCUGGAGCAGGAGCAAGAGCAGGAGCUGGAGCAGGAGCAGGAGCUGGAGCAGGAGCAGGAGCAGGAGCUGUGGGUGGUGAGGACCGAUCUCUCCCGAGGCAUCUGUCCAGAUGAGAAAGAAAGAGCUGAGACCACAGAACCCGCUGCUUGUGAGCUCGCCCUGCCUGAGCGACCCUCCCUUCUAAAACUGCUAAUACAAGGAGCCGAGCCCCUGGCAGACUUCCAGGCGGGCCGGACCGCGGGCUGGAGCGGGCCGUGGGAAGUGCCCGGCGGACAGUCGGGGCUGGGGAUAGACCUGCAGGAGGAGAAGCUUCCUAGGAGACCCCGCUCCGAGCACGGCGGCUUCGGGACAGCGGAGGGUGUGUGCGUGAGGGCCGUGCGGGAGCCGGCCCCCACCGUGCGAGCUCUCCUGGAGCACGACUUGUGCAGGCUGGGCGCAGACCACACGGCUCAGGGCGGGGGGGGCCUCUUUCCCUGCAGCGAAUGCGGGAAAGUGUUCAACAAGAAGCGCCUCCUGGCCCGACACAUGUGGGUUCACUCGGGACUGAAGCCCUACGAGUGCACAGAGUGUGGGAAAACGUUCAGUAAGAGCACGUACCUCCUCCAGCACCACAUGGUCCACACGGGGGAGAAGCCCUACAAGUGCGCGGAGUGCGGGAAGGCCUUCAGCCGCAAGUCACACCUGACACAGCACCAGCGGAUUCACAGCGGAGAGAAGCCCUACAAGUGCGACGAAUGCGGGAAGGCCUUCACCCACCGCUCGACGUUCGUCCUCCAUACCAGGAGCCACACGGGGGAGAAGCCCUUCGUGUGCAAGGAGUGCGGCAAGGCCUUCCGGGACAGGCCGGGCUUCAUCCGGCACUACAUCAUCCACAGCGGCGAGAACCCCUACGAGUGCUUCGAGUGCGGGAAGGUCUUCAAACACAGGUCCUACCUCAUGUGGCACCAGCAGACCCACACGGGGGAGAAGCCCUACGAGUGCAGCGAGUGUGGGAAAACCUUCUGUGAGAGCGCGGCCCUCAUCCACCACUACGUCAUCCACACGGGGGAGAAGCCCUUCGAGUGCACGGAGUGCGGGAAGGCCUUCAACCACCGGUCGUACCUCAAGAGGCACCAGCGCAUCCACACCGGGGAGAAGCCGUACGUGUGCGCGGAGUGCGGCAAGGCCUUCACCCACUGCUCCACGUUCAUCCUGCACAAGCGGGCCCACACGGGGGAAAAGCCGUUUGAGUGCAAGGAAUGCGGCAAAGCCUUCAGCAAUCGGGCCGACCUCAUCCGGCACUUCAGCAUCCACACCGGGGAGAAGCCCUACGAGUGCGGGGAGUGCGGGAAGGCCUUCAACCGCAGGUCAGGCCUCACGAGGCACCAGCGGAUCCACAGCGGAGAGAAGCCCUACGUGUGCAGCGAGUGUGGGAAAACCUUCUGCUGGAGCACCAACCUCAUCCGACACGCCGUCAUCCACACCGGGGAGAAGCCCUACGAGUGCGGCGAGUGCGGGAAGGCCUUCAGUCGUAACUCAUCCCUCACGCAGCAUCAGAGGGUUCACACGGGGAGAAACCCAGUCGGUGUGACACAAGUGGGAAGACCCUUCCCAAGCGGACAGUCCUCCGUCAACUUCCAAGAACUCCUGCUGGGAGAAGACUUUCUGAAUGUAAACACUGUGGAGAAUGUUCUGCCGGAAGAAUCUCCAUACUCGGACUCGAGUUGCUCAUACCAAAGAGAAACCCCAGAGUUGUCUUCCCUGUGA